AUGGCCUUCAGCCCAUGGCAGAUCUUGUCCCCGGUCCAGUGGGCCAAGUGGACCUGGUCCGCCGUUCACGGCGGAGGUGCUGCUGAUGGCGAGGACCGGGGACCUGAGGGAGAGGCCGAAGAAGACGAUUCCCAAGCGGAGACCAAGUCUUUGAGUUUCAGCUCGGAUUCUGAAGGUAAUUUUGAGACUCCUGAAGCGGAAACACCUAUACGAUCACCUGUAAAGGAGCUCUGUGAUCCAUCCCUGGGAUUCGAAGCACCUGAGGCCAAAACUCAAGGACUGCAGGAAUUUGAUGAACAGCUCAUCGCCGAAGUACCCGAAAAGCAUUCCCACAAGGCAUGUCCCAGGCCCUCUGAGAAUGAGGCGCCACCAUACCUCCUGGCCCCUCUGGCAGACAAGCAUGCUAGUACGGAAGCUGACCUUGAAAUUGACCAAGCGUCCUCAGUGAUGCCAUCGCCUUUGGAUGCUAAGAAGCCCGAAGACAUCCCUGCAGUUCUUGCAACUUCCGGUCAGAAUUUGUCCUCUAAUGAAUCAGCAGCCGUACAAGACAACUCCGUGACAGAAGACAAUAUGGGACUCACCCCAGAGGCUUCCAAGGAUGCCGGGUCGAAGGCCAAAACCUUGCCUCCAGAGUCAGUGUCCAGCAGAAGCAAGCUUCGGAAACCCAAACCAGUCUUGCUAAGGAUGAGAACAACUGGAGGAGAAUCCUCAGAAACUGAUCCUAUUGUGGAGGACCACCCAAUCCCCAAAGCAUCCUAUCAGUUCAAUCCAGAUGAGCUUGAUGAAAAUAUAAAUCCUUUCAUGUUAGGAGGUUCCAAGAUCCCCAGUUCUCCUUCUGCGGUGAAGCAAACCUUAAGUUCUUCAAAUGCAGAUCCCAGUGAUUCAAGGGUAGAGUUGCUGGAAGAAUCCAGGGGCUCACCUUUGAAACUGGAAUUUGAUUUCACAGAUGGCUUCGAGGGCACUGGGGUUAAGAAGCCCCUUCCUAGGAAACCUUCUGGAGGCAGGAAGCUAGUUAGCAAGUUGGCUGUGAGGGCACAGAAAGAUGGAGUCAGCAAGCCAGCCGUGGCCAAAGCUUUGGAAAAACCUUCAGGCCUAUCAGAAGAAGAAAUUCCUGUCCAAAAAGCCUCCUCUAAGCAAGAGACCAACCAGUCGGAUGACCUGAGCUUUAAUGCCUUUGGAAGCAGCUCCACUUUGCAGAACUCCCCACCCUUCCCAAAGGGGUCGUAUCACUUUGACUCAGAUAAUUUUGAUGAUUCCAUGGAUCCCUUUAAGCCUAUGAAGACCUUAAGCAACUGUGGGCCAGCUAAGUUUUGCUCCUUAGAUGGUAAUCAGGCUAAUGAAAUCUUAGAAUCUCAGCUGUAUGAAGUACAGGGUGAGGAGGUGAAGAAAGGGACAGCUUCCCCCAACAAGGCAAAGUCUCGUUUGAUAACGACUACUGAACAAGUGAAAUUUCUCUGUUUUCUGUUGAGUGGCUGUAAAGGAAAGAAGUAUGAAACUCAGUCACUUGGUUUGGAUGUGUGUUCUCAGGAUAAAGGAGCCAUUAUCUCCCAGAUCCCAGACAUUUCAAAUAGGGAUGGCCAUGCCACCGAUGAAGAGAAAUUGGCUUCUACGUCAUCCAGUCAGAAACCGUGUGAGGCCGAGGUGAAAGGUGAGCCAGAAGACGACGUGGAGUACUUUGAAUGUUCCAAUGUUCCCGUGUCUGCCAUAAAUCAUGCGUUUUCAUCCUCAGAAGCAGGUUUAGAAAAGGAUACCUGCCAGAAGAUGGAGAAGGAUGGCUCCAGUGUCUCGGGUGUGUUUGACCUUUGCUCCACAGAGAAAGUCCCUGUGACCGUGGCGUGUGGAGAUGAAAGCCCCCUGGAUAGCAUCUGCCUCAGCGAAUCCGAUAAGACUGCGGUCCUGACUCUAAUACGAGAAGAGAUAAUCACUAAAGAAAUUGAAGCAAAUGAAUGGAAGAAAAAAUAUGAAGAAACCCGACAAGAAGUCUUGGAAAUGAGGAAAAUUGUGGCUGAAUAUGAAAAGACCAUUGCCCAAAUGAUCGAGGAUGAGCAGAGGACAAAUAUGACCUCUCAGAAGAGUCUCCAGCAGCUGACCAUGGAGAAGGAGCAGGCCUUGGCAGACUUGAACUCUGUGGAGAGAUCCCUGUCUGAUCUAUUCCGGAGAUACGAGAACCUCAAGGGAGUCCUUGAAGGGUUUAAGAAGAAUGAAGAGGCUUUAAAAAAAUGUGCUCAAGACUACUUAACACGAGUCAAACAAGAAGAGCAGCGAUACCAGGCCCUGAAACUCCAUGCAGAAGAAAAACUAGAUAAAGCCAACGAAGAGAUUGCUCAGGUUCGGACAAAAGCCAAAGCUGAAAGUGCAGCUCUCCAUGCUGGCCUCAGAAAAGAACAAAUGAAAGUGGAGUCUCUAGAAAGAGCCCUUCAGCAGAAGAACCAAGAAAUUGAAGAACUGACAAAGAUCUGUGAUGAGCUGAUUGCAAAGCUGGGAAAGUCUGGUUGUUAGUCCAGCAUCUCCUCCCUUGGCUGCUUCUUUGUGACUCCCAAGUAUUUUUGCCUUAUCCUGGAAUAAUCUCCCCGUAGCAGAGAAGGGCACAUGCUUACUGCUCCCUGUUCUGCUUUGCUGCAGACUCAACUGCCCCAACAAAAAAGAAAAAAAAAACAGGAAAACCCCUAGAGGUCUUGGGCCCUUAUAGGGACUGGCAUUUUAUGGUUCUUGAGUCCUUUUUCAUUCGUUGGUAGUCAAGUUCAGCAAACCAGGAGGCUGGCUGGUAGGUUUAGCUUCCCCCCCCCCCCCCCCAGUUUGUGGGUUAUUGUGGUCUGUGUUGUACAGCCUCAAAUCAGAUCAUAAUUUCAGUUUGCCUUCUGAUUAAUCCUUUUCUCUUUUUAAGAUGACAUAACUUUGUUGUUUUGAAAGUAGUUUUUAUUUGAAGGGAGCCUCUAACCUGUUGUUCAAGUCUGGAGUGGUUCAGUUUGGGCUGGGUGACUGCUGAGUACCCCUG